AAAACUAAUGGAACAUCAAUUUUGUUUUAUUUUUUUGGCUUUUCUGCUGGCAGCCUAUUUAGACCAGCCUGGUUUUAAAAUGUAACUGUCAUCAUCUACCUCCUGUUUCAUUCAAUGUCUUGUCUUCUCCUUCCAUUUUAUUUUCCACGCCUCCAAUUAAUUCUGUGUUAGUUUUCAUGAAAAUUGAUAUGGGUACCUCUGCUUUCUUGCUUGCUCUUUCUCUUCUUACAGUACUUCCACUUUCAUCUUCAACUUUGAACAAAGGUUCGCACCUCUCAGUGGAGAAUCCAGGGGAUGUUUUGGUUUCCCCAAAUAAUGUCUUUACUGCUGGAUUUUACGCUGUUGGAGAUAACGCAUAUUGUUUUGCAGUCUGGUUCAGCAAGCCUUCCUGUAGUGGAAACAAUUGCACCAUAGUUUGGAUGGCAAACCGUGAUGAACCUGUUAAUGGGAGACGCUCCAGGCUUUCUUUAGUCGCCAGUGGCGAUGUUGUCCUGACCGAUGCUGAUCGCUUCACUGUGUGGACUACGAACAUUAAAUCGAUUUCCUCAACCCAAUUAGACCUCUAUGAUAGUGGCAAUCUUGUGCUUCACAGUUCUGAUGGUACCAUUCUUUGGCAGAGCUUUGAUUCACCGACAGACACCCUUCUUCCAGAACAACCACUUAUCAAAAAAGUUCAGCUGCGCUCUGCUAGGAGUCAAAGCAACUACUCUUCUGGUUUCUUUAAGCUUUAUUUCGACAACGACAAUGUUCUCCGUCUUCUAUUUGAUAGUCCUGACGUUUCAGACAUUUACUGGCCGGACCCGGAGCUCUUGACGUGGGAAAAUGGGAGGUCCACCUAUAACAAUAGCAGAAUUGCUGUUCUUGAUUCCAAGGGUAACUUUAGUUCUACAGAUGAUUUCACAUUCAGGUCAGCAGAUUUUGAAUUAAGCCGCCAAAGAAGAUUAACUAUUGACUUCGAUGGCAAUUUGCGGCUGUACAGUCGUGAUGAGACCGAAGGAGGGAGAUGGGAUGUUACAUGGCAAGCUAUGUCUCAACCAUGUAGAAUUCAUGGAAGUUGUGGACCUAACAGUCUUUGCAGUUAUGUUCCUAGUAGUGGAAGGAAGUGUUCUUGCAUUCCGGGAUAUAAGGUGGUAAAUCCUGCAGACUGGUAUUUUGGUUGUGAACCAGAAUUCACUCUUUCCUGCAAUGCGAGUGAGGUAGCUUUCCUGCAACUUACUAAUGUUGAAUUUUUUGGUUAUGAUUUUGGAUUUUAUCCUAAUUACACCUUGGAGAGGUGCGAGAGUUUAUGCUUGGAGAUGUGUGAUUGCAAGGGGUUUCAAUUCAAAUUCAUCAAGCACGACUAUCCCAGUGGCAUUCCUUAUUGUUAUCCCAAGACCCUAUUGCUAAAUGGACACCAUUCCCCUAAUUUCCAAGGAGAUCUCUACCUAAAAGUACUGAAAACUGGUCUUUCCCAAUACGAUGAUUCUGAAAACAAAGCAAGCUUAGAUUGUUCUGGGGGAAGUCUCAAGCAGCUAAAUAGAACAUAUGCAAGGCAGAAUAAAAACGGGACACUGGAGGCUUUGCUUUUGAUAGCGAUCAUAGUAGGAGCAGUUGAGUUCUUUAUCAUACUCUUGGUUCCAUGCUUCUUGAUCAUAACCCGCAAGAAUGGAAGUGCACAACAAGGUUACUUUCUAGCUUCCACUGGUUUGAGGAGAUUCACAUAUACAGAGCUUAAAAAGGCAACACAGGGUUUUAGCAAAGAGAUUGGAAGAGGUGCAGGAGGAAUUGUAUACAGAGGCAUCUUAUCUGAUAAUCGAGUUGCAGCAAUCAAGCAACUGUAUGAUGCAAAUCAAGGAGAAGCCGAAUUCCUAGCGGAGAUAAGCACCAUUGGGAAGCUCAAUCACAUAAAUUUGAUAGAGAUGUGGGGAUAUUGUGCAGAAGGGAAGCACAGAAUUCUGGUUUACGAGUACAUGGAGCAUGGAUCCUUGGCAGAAAAUCUUAAUUCCAAAUCACUUGAUUGGAAAAAGAGGUUUGACAUUGCCGUGGGCACUGCCAAAUGCAUGGCUUAUCUUCAUGAAGAAUGCUUAGAGUGGGUUCUCCAUUGUGAUGUAAAGCCUCAAAAUAUACUCCUUGACUCCAAUUACAAUCCAAAGGUGUCAGAUUUUGGGCUGUCUCGGCUGCAGAAUAGAAGUGGCUUAAACAAUGCAAGUUUUUCAAGGAUUAGAGGGACCAGAGGUUACAUGGCUCCUGAGUGGAUUCUUAAUCUCCCCAUAACCUCCAAAGUGGAUGUCUAUAGCUAUGGAAUUGUUGUAAUGGAGCUGGUGACUGGGAAGAGUCCAGCAACAGGAUUCAAUACAACAGAGAGUGGAGAUGGGACACAGCACAAAGGGAUGGCUACAUGGGUUAGAGAGAAAAUGAACUUAGCCAUUUCAGGGUCAUCGUCAAUUGAAGAUAUCACAGACCUCAAGCUGGAGGGAGAAUAUGACAAGAAAACGAUGGAAAUUCUGGUUGCUGUGGCUCUGAAAUGUGCUUUGGAAGACAGAAAUUCAAGACCCACGAUGAGCCAAGUUGUUGAGAUGCUUGUGUGCCAUGAAAAUUAUAAGCAGCUACAAGAGGAUGGCGAUUACCAUAUGCGGUAAGCCAUGGAUGUAUAUAUGGUGGUGAAUAAGGAUGUGCUGCAGCUUUGUGUCUUAGCACCGUUGUUGUUUCAGUUAAACUCUCAUCACAUGUUAAUAAAUUGACUGACUUCGUUAA